GAGGAUGAAAAAUUCCAGACCUGCUGGGCGCUGUGGCUCACGCCACUAAUCCUAGCUCUCUGGGAGGCCAAGGCGGGUGGAUUGCUUCAACUCAGAAGUUCAAGACCAGCGUGAGCAAGAGCAAGGUCCCGUCUCUAAAAACAGCCCGGAGUUGUGGCGGGCACCUAGUCCCACCUACUUGGGAGGAUGAGGCAAGAGAAUCGCUAGAGCUCAAGAGUUUGAGGUUGCUGUGAGCUAUGAUGCCAUAGCACUCUACUUAAGGGGACUGAGACUGUCUCAAAAAAAGAAAAAAAUCUGGUCCUGUAGGCCGCUCACUUCAUCCACAGGAUCUGUGCAAUGACUGUAAGCUCCAGAUCAUAACCACUUCAUAAUAUUCACUGCAAUAUUCAGGAACAGGCCCACCUGUGUAAUUUGUGAAGCUCAGUGCAAAAUGAAAAUGCAAGGUCCUUUGUUCAAAAAGGUGGGAAAAGAGCCAUGACAGCGUUCGCUUCCAGAGGAGCACCUGUUCAUACUGAGAUAACAGCAACUGAGAACUCCUGUGGUAAUUAACCAAGAGUAACUUUAUUUGUACAACCUCACUCCUGAAGAAGAAAAUGGCUUUUGCUGAGUUUUCUUUUCAUGUGCCAAGUCUGGAGGAGCUUGCUGGAGGUGUGUUAUCCUGGUAGAUGACCUGUCCUGCUAAGAUCAAGGUUAAGAAAUUUAUGCAGAAAGGACUAAAAGAUAACUUUGCAGAUGUCCAGGUCUCUGUGGUUGAUUGCCCUGACUUGACUAAGGAACCAUUUACCUUUCCUGUAAAAGGCAUCUGUGGGAAAACUAGAAUUGCAGAAGUAGGAGGUGUGCCAUACUUAUUGCCUCUUGUAAACCGAAAAAAAGUUUAUGAUGUGAAUAAAAUUGCGAAAGAAAUCAAGCUUCCUGGAGCUUUUAUUCUUGGAGCGGGGGCAGGUCCAUUUCAGACUCUUGGGUUUAAUUCUGAGUUUAUGCCAAUUAUGCAAACAGAAAGUGAACACAAACGUCCUAUGAAUGGAAGUUACUUUGCUCGUGUUAACCCUGCCGAUGGAGGGUGCCUACUAGAGAAAUACAGUGAGAAAUACCGUGAUUUUGGGUGUGCAUUACUGGCUAAUCUUUUUGCCAGUGAAGGCCAACCUGGCAAGGUCAUUGAGGUUAAAGCAAAAAGAAGAACUGGACAACUUAAUUUUGUGACUUGUAUGAGACAGACUCUGGAGAAACAUUAUGGAGAUAAACCUGUAGGGAUGGGAGGUACUUUUGUAGUUGAGAAAGGAAAAGUGAAGUCUCACAUUAUGCCAGCAGGGUUUUCUUCCUGCCCCUUGAACUCAGAGGAAGAUGUGAAUAAAUGGCUUCAUUUUUAUGAGAUGAAGGCUCCUUUAGUUUGUCUGCCAGUUUUUGUCUCCAGAGACCCAGGUUUUGAUUUGCGACUGGAGCACACUCACUUUUUCAGUCAUCAUGGAGAAGGUGGACACUACCAUUAUGACACUACGCCAGAUACAGUGGAGUAUCUGGGAUACUUCUUACCUGCAGAACUUCUGUAUCGUAUUGAUCAACCAAAAGAGACCCACACAAUUGGACGAGAUUAAAUCAGCCGAUACACAUUUAGAAAAAAAUAAUUAUGGUUGAUUAACCAUAUGGCUGAUUAAUCAAUUCAAAUGUAAAAUCUAAUAGAAAUGAUCUGACUUACUUAAACCUCACUUUUUUUGGCUUUCAAAAUGAAGGGACUGUAUUAAUAUUCUGUAUUAUUUUGUAGAUCUGUCUGAAAGAGAAUAUUGGGAACAAAGAAACCUAACUGAAAUGUUCUUUAAUUUUUUUACAUACAUACCAAUAUCAUUGUUUUUUUAUUCUAUAUCAGGAAAAUCGGUGUUAUGUUUAUAUAUAUUAAAUAUAAACAUGAUCAGGAAUCAUGCGAUUAUUCUUACUAUCUAAAAACUUAUAUUUGUAUGACAUUAAAUUUUUUCAAAUGAAUCUCACAACUUUGAAUUGGAUAUUUUUGAGUAUUAGAAAAAUGAAGUGUUUUUUUUUUUUUUUUUUUUUUAAAUCAAGUGUUUAGACUCGUUUGGUGAGCUGUGAUCAAGGCAACUGUGAACAAGACUCCAUCUCAUUCUUUUUAAGGAAAAAAAAAAACGGGCAGCGCCUGUGGCUCAGUGAGCAGGGCACCGGCCCCAUAUGCUGAGGGUGGCAGGUUCAAACCCAGCCCCGGCCAAACUGCAACAAAAAAAUAGCUGGGCGUUGUGGCGGGCGCCUGUAGUCCCAGCUACCCGGGAGGCUGAGGCAAGAGAAUCACGUAAGCCCAAGGGUUAGAGGUUGCUGUGAGCCGCGUGAUAACAUGGCACUCUACCAAGGGCAGUACAGUGAGACUCUGUCUCUACAAAAAAAGAAAAAAAAAAAAGAAUGAAAGAAAGAAACGUGGAUAGUUGUUGUGAAUCUUUGUAUUGGAUUUUAAAUAUCCAUUACAAAAAAUAUACUUUUUUCAUGGAACAAAGUGCCAAGGGGUGCACUUCAGCCUUUGUGAAGUCAACCCAUACUCAGAAGUUGGCAGUUUGCCUUUCACAGAUUACCAACUAGUGGUUAGCCAUGACUCUUCCGUUGUUUGGAUUGCCAUUCGGAAGCAGUUUGUACCUUGUUGGUUAUUUACAAGAAGAAAUGGGAAAAGCAGCACUACCAAAUUACAAAAUCGAAGUGAGCAUACUUUAACUUAUAUCUGAAGUUUUCUCUAAACAUGACCACUGUCCUUUGUGAAAUAUAAAAUUACCGUAAAGGUUGAAAUUUUCCUCAGUGUUCUUCUAUAAUUAUCAGCCAGAGAUCAACUCUAGUCUUAUUAAUGAUUAAUAAGAUUAAUAGCCAAUCUUGCUAUUGUGCAAGAUUCAAGACUACUUUAGUCCUAAGCAUUUCAUCUCUAAUAUUUUUUGUUGUUCUACUUUGAAUGUUAGCUAUGUCUUGCAAGUAUAAAUUUCCUAAAUAUUAUUCUGAAAUAAGCACUAUUUUGAAACAAAAAAAUGGAUAAAAAUUUUCAUGAUUGGCUCGGUGCCCGUAGCACAGUGGUUACGGCGCCAGCCAUGUACACUGAGGGUGACAAGUUCGAACCCAGCCCAGGCCAGCUAAACAACGACAACUGCAACGAAGAAAUAGCCAGCCGUUGUGGUGGGCUCCUGUAGUCCCAGCUACUUGGGAGGCUGAGGCAAGAGAAUUGCUUAAGGCCAAGAGUUGGAGGUUGCUGUGAGCUGUGAUGCCAUAGCACUCUACUGAGGGCAACAAAGUGAGACUGUCUCCACAAAAAAAAAAAAAAUUUUUUUCAUAAUUGCUUACCAACUCAGGAAUGGAUUAACAAGCCGUGGUAUAUGUUUACAAUGGAAUACUAUUCAGCCACUAAAAAUUAUGGAGACUUUACAUCUUUUGUAGUAACCUGGGUGGAGCGGGAACAUAUUCUUCUCAGUAAAGCAUCAUAAGAAUGGAGAAACAAAAAUCCAGUAUACUCAAUUAUAAUAUGAACUCAGGAGAUAAACUAAUACAAGGGGGUGGGGUGGGGGAAUGAGGGAUUGGGGAGAGGGGAGGAGGGUGGGAGAUGGAGGGUCAUGGUGUAUGGCACACCUCUUGGGAGCAGGACACAAGUAUAAAAGGGACUUUAACCAAUGCAAUCAGUGGGCAGCGCCUGUCGCUCAAAGGGGUAGGGCGCCGGCCCCAUAUGCCAGAGGUGGUGGGUUCUAACCCAGCCCUGGCCAAAAAAUGCAA